AUGGAUACAGUGAAGCCGAUGGCACCCUUCUUUGCCGCCGGCCUCAUCAUCGCCUACGGCGCCAACUCUGCCCAGAACGCCAUGAUGGCUUCCGACGAGUGGAAGAACGACCCCCGGAACCCCCAGGCCAAGGCGGGCAACAAACACUAG